AUGGUACAAGCCGGAGUCACAGAAAACCCAAAGUCUCCAACGGAUCUGAUUCAUUUAAAUGUACAACCCGACGAUGACAAGAUUUUAAGAUGUCAUGGUCGGAUUCAAGGAGAGUUCCAUAUUUACUUGCCUGAUGACGCUCUAUUCACCGUGAAGUCAGUGGAAGAUGCACUCUUAGAAACACUACAUGGGGGAGUUAUACUUUCGAUGGCAAAGGUCCGAGAAAGUCUUAAACGGCUCAUAGCAAGGCGAGGCCGUCCUUCGCUGAUCUAUUUGGACAAUGCGAAAACGUUCCAAGCUGCAGCGGCAUUGUUAAAGAGAGCAAAGCAAGACGAGGGUUUUCCCAGUGAGCUCAGUAAGCAUAGCAUUAAAGGAAGAUUCCAUCUGUCCCGCGCACCCUGUUGGGGAGGCCAGUUUGAGCGAUUGAUCGGUUUAUUCAAAUCAUCAUUUUACAAAGUUGUUGGUAAAGGACUUCUGAAAUUCGAUGAACUGACAGAAGUUGUUCUGGACGUAGAAAUAUGUAUGAAUAAUCGACCACUGAGCUGUGUAACUGAUGUUGUUGAACUCCCCGUAAUAAGGCCAUCUUCGUUCGUACUGCAACAGACGAAUGUCAUCCCUGAAGUGGAGAAACAUCACAUUAAGGACGGGGAAUUACGGAAGCGAGGAAAGUAUUUGUACAAAAUCAAAACCCAAUUGUGGAACAGAUGGCAGCGAGAAUAUUUAACAAGUCUACGCCAACGCAAUCAAGUUAACAAAUCAGCAACGUCUCAUUCGAAAGAGGGAGAUAUCUUUUUAAUUAAGGGCGAUGAGAAAAACAGAAAUAUGUGGAAGAUCGGAAAGUUAACAAUGUUGAUCCGUGGAAGGGAUGGAGUUGUGAGAGGAGUCAAAUUUCAGUGUGGAAAAAUAUCUCUUGAGAGGCCAAUCCAACUGAUUUAUCCUUUAGAAUUACAAUGUGACGUCAGCAACCAUCAAAAGAAGUUGCGAGUGAACGCCAAGGAGUUCAGACCAAGACCACAAGCUGCUGAGCUUGCGGAGGCAUUGCAAAGUGUCGUGGUUUUUAUGCUCAAUAAGUUCCACCUCAUAGACUUCAUAAGUAUCUUGAUUGCAGUAUCGUAA